AUGUUUACAACCAAAACUUCUAAAUCUCCAAACUUAAGCUUACAUUGUCCAAUCCCCUUUGGGAUGGGAGAAACUAAAAAUGGGAGUCCACAUGGAAUUAUUAUGGUGGAGGAGGACAAUUUUAUGAUGAUAACAGGUAACGAUAUAAUUCAUGAUCUAGAAAAUUUGAUAGAAUGCAUUGGAUUAGUUGGUGAUUAUAGAGUUACUCAACGGAAGGAAAGCCAAAAUCUUGUUCGACGAAUAAAGCUAAUGCAUCUUCUAUUGGAGGAAAUGAAGGAGAUCGAUAUUGAUUCUCUUCCAAAUUCAGCUCAUGCUUCCUUAUGUAAUUUGAGAAAGGCUCUUCUGUGUGCAAAAAAAUUGCUAAAAACUUGUGCCGAGAGUAGCAAGAUUUAUCUGGCACUUGAGCGUGAGGCGGUUACAGGCAUGUUUCAUUCAGUGAAUGCAAAAUUAAGCCAAACUGUGGAUGACAUUCCUUACGAGGAUCUCAAUAUAUCCGAUGAGGUCAAAGAACAGACAGAGCUUAUGGGUCAACAACUUAAAAGAGCUAAGAAAAGAACGGACACACAAGACAUGGAGCUUGCCAUGGAUAUGAUGGUUGUAUUUAACAAAGAAGAUGACCGAAAUGCUGACAUUGCCAUCAUUGAGAGGCUAGCAAAGAAGCUAGAUUUAGGGACUCCCGAGGAACUAAGGGCAGAAACGAAAGCUGUGAAAAAGCUUUUAAAGGACAAAAGGGCUGAAGAACAAAUGCAAAUUAUCUUCGAUGUGCUUAACAAAUUCAAACAAAUUGCUGGAGUUGAAGAAACAGAUUUGAUGCUUGAAGAUCAUACUAUUACUAAUAAGACAUCAGAACAACAACCAACCAUCAAGAGCCCUACUUCAGAAAUUCCUCAAGAAUUCCUUUGUCCAAUCACUUUGGAAAUCAUGACUGAUCCUGUUAUUGUUGCAACAGGACAGACGUAUGAAAGGGAAAGUAUUCAGAAAUGGCUAGACUCAAAUCACAGAACAUGUCCAAAAUCAGGACAAGUAUUAGAACACUUAUCAUUGGCUCCAAACUACGCACUAAAGAACCUUAUCUUACAAUGGUGUGAGAAGAACAAGAUACAACUACCGCAAAAAAAAGAUCCAUCAUCCUCCCCACAUAACCCAGCGGAUGAUCCAUCCUCACCCGAACACAUAUCAACCAUCAAUUCACUCAUCCAAGACCUCUCCUUAACUCACCUCGAUGUUCAGCGAGAAUCCGUCCAUAAGCUCCGAUUACUCUCCAAGGAAUCCCCAGAAAAUCGAAUCGUAAUCGCCGAGAGUUCAGGGAUCCCUCCAUUAAUCAAACUCCUAUCAUACCAGGACUCAAAAAUCAAAGAACAUGCAGUUACAACACUACUUAACCUCUCUAUUGAUUGCACCAACAAGAAGCUCAUAACUGAACAUGGAGCUAUCCCUACUAUUAUAGAAGUCCUUCAAAAUGGUAACAUGGGAACCAAGGAAAAUGCAGCAGCAACCCUAUUUAGUCUUUCCAUGCUAGACGAGAAUAAAGUUACCAUUGGAUUAUCUGAUGGAAUACCUCCAUUAGUAAACUUGUUAGCUAAUGGUACAGUUAGAGGUAAAAGAGAUGCAGCAACCGCGUUGUUUAAUCUAAGUCUUAACACCAUGAAUAAAGCUCGAGCAGUCGAAGCAGGGAUCAUUAAACCGUUGAUGAAUUUGCUCGAAGAUAACGAGUUAGGGAUGAUCGAUGAGGCGCUCUCGAUUUUGUUACUCCUUGUUUCACAUCCUCAAGGUAGGCAAGAAAUCGGGCAACUCUCAUUCAUUCAAGCUUUGGUUGAUUUUAUGGGAGGUGAUGGUACACCUAAAAAUAAAGAAGGGGCAGCAGCAAUAUUGCUUGAGUUAGGGUUAAAUGGUGGAUCAUCAUUCUUGCUUGCUGCGCUUCAAUUUGGAGUUUAUGAGUGUUUAGUUGAUAUUUCUCAAAGUGGGACUAAUAGAGGGCAAAGGAAAGCUUGUUCAAUUUUGCAACUUAUGCGCCAAUAUGAACAAAUUCCUUAG